CUCACAGGUCAAAGCUCAACCCAGUUUCUGUUUUCAGGAAAUGAAACUCACACAGUCACUGUGACCGAGAGCAGAAAUGGAGCAGAAUCAGCUGGACCCAGAAACUUUCUCCUGUUCCAUCUGUCUGGAUCUACUGAAGGAUCCGGUGACCACUUCCUGUGGACACAGCUACUGUAUGAAGUGCAUUAAAACCCAGUGGGAUGAAGAGGAUCAGAAGGGAAUCCACAGCUGCCCUCAGUGCAGGGAGACAUUCACACCGAGGCCUGUGCUAAAGAAGAACACCAUGCUAGCAGCUCUAGUGGAGCAGCUGAAGAAGACUGGACUCCAAGCUGCUGCUGCUACUGCUGACCACUGCUAUGCUGGACCUGAAGAUGUGGCCUGUGAUUUCUGCACUGGAAGAAAACUGAAAGCCAUCAAGUCCUGUUUAUUCUGUCUGGUUUCCUACUGUAAGAAUCACCUCCAACCUCACCUUGAUGUUCCUGGAAUGAAGAAACACAAGCUGGUGGAGCCGACCAAGAACCUGCAGGAGAACAUCUGCUCUCGUCAUCAUGAGGUGAUGAAGAUGUUCUGUCGUACUGAUCAGAAGUGCGUCUGUUAUCUCUGCUCUGUGGAUGAACAUAAAGGUCAUGACACAGUGUCAGCUGCAACAGAAAGGACUGAGAGGCAGAGAGAGCUGGAGGAGAGACGAGGAAACAUCCAGCAGAGAAUCCAGGACAGAGAGGAAGAUGUGAAGCUGCUUCAACAGGAGGUGGAGGCCAUCAGUCGCUCUGCUGAUAAAACAGUGGAGGACAGUGAGAAGAUCUUCACCCAGCUGAUCCGUCUCCUCCAGAAAAGAAGCUCUGAGGUGAAGCAGCAGAUCAGAUCCCAGCAGGAAACUGAAGUGAGUCGAGUCAAAGAUGUUCAGGAGAAGCUGGAGCAGGAGAUCACUGAGCUGAAGAGGAAAGACGCUGAGCUGGAGCAGCUCUCACACACAGAGGAUCACAACCAGUUUCUCCUCAACUACCCCUCACUGCCAGCACUCAGUGAGUCUACACACUCAUCCAGCAUCAACAUCCGUCCUCUGAGACACUUUGAGGACGUGACAGCAGCUGUGUCAGAGCUCAGAGAGAAACUACAGGACGUCCUGAGAGACUCGUGGACAAACAUCUCACUGAUGGUCACUGAGGUGGAUGUUCUGCUGUCAGAACCAGAACCAAAGACCAGAGCUGAGUUCUUGAAAUAUUCAUGUGAAAUUACACUGGAUCCAAACACAACAAACACACGGCUGGUUCUAUCAGAGGGAAACAGGAAGGUGACAUGGAUGAAUAAACAUCAGUCUUAUUCUAAUCAUCCAGACAGAUUCACUAAUAGAUCCCAAGUUCUGAGUAGAGAGAGUCUGACUGGACGUUGUUACUGGGAGGUGGAGUGGAAAAUUUAUGUUUCUGUAUCAGUCGCAUACAAGAAUAUCAGCAGAGCAGGAAGUGGCAAUGAAUGUGGAUUUGGAUAUAAUGACAAAUCUUGGGCUUUAGAUUGCAGUGGUUCUAAAUUUGGUCACAACAACAUCUGGACCUCCAUCUCAGGUCCAGUUUCCUCCAGACUAGGAGUUUACCUGGAUCACACAGCAGGUCUUCUGUCCUUCUACAGCGUCUCUGAAACCAUGACUCUCCUCCACAGAGUCCAGACCACAUUCACUCAGCCGCUACUGGCUGGAUUUGGGACUGGGAAUUUUUUUGGGUUUGUAUCCUCUGCAGAGUUCAUUAAACCCAACUAGAUUUCCUCUCUUCUCUCUGAUUACUGAUCAGGCUUCAUGGUUCUGCUGUUCUGUUCUUCUUUAUUUCUCUGCUUUAAAUGUAGUUCUUCUCAGUCUCUUUGCUCCAGGAACCAUUAAUGAUUUCUGCUGAUGUUUUCUUUCAUUCUUGUAUGACACAGAACUGAUCUGCAGAACAAAUGUUGUUUAAAUCAGUUGAUUUUGAUGUGAAAUUAAUUUUCUUCUGUUUUCUUUAUUGUGAUCCAAAGAAAAAACUGAAACUAAAUUUGCCUUUAAACUGAUGCUGUUUUCUUCUCUAUUCUUUAGAUUUAGAUCAGAGAAAUAAAUGUCUGUUGUUCUGUUUGGCAUUAUUUAAUAAAACAACUAGAUUACAGACAAUUUUGGUAUUUUUUUCUCUUCAUUAUUACAACAAAUAUUGAGUUUUUUGGUCUAAAGUGUAGAAACGUUUCCUUCAGAUGCUACAGAAGAUCAGAUUCAACCUGAUGUUUACAGGAGCAACAAUCUGACCUGAGUUAAAGUGGAUUACAUUUAGCUUUAAGAUCAGGUUCUGGUCCUGGUUCUGCUCCGGGAACCAGAAUCAGUUGUCAUGACAACAAACACUUAAAAAAAUGAAUU